AAUAAAGUGGAGACUACUAGCCACACUUCUUUGCAAUUUUGGAGAAAAUUCCCACGUAUUUGCAAUACUUCAGUACGUAUAUACUGAUUGCUGAUUCAUUAUAAUUUCCCGCCAAAACCAAGUAUCAACCCCUUUAUUAAACUCCCCUCCUUCCCCAAAACCCUAACCUUUUGAGCAUCCAGAGUCCCAAUUACCAUUCCAUUGUAUCCAAGAAACCCUAAUUACAAAUGAAGGGUGGCACAGUUCAGAUCAAUUGGCACGACACUAAGCCCGUCCUGACUCUUGAUUUUCACCCUACCUCUGGAAUUCUCGCCACUGGCGGUGCCGAUUUCGACAUCAAGCUCUGGCUUAUUAAUCCUGGCGAAAUACAAAAGAAAACCCCUACAGCUUCUUAUCAGAAUAGCCUUGCUUUCCAUGGUUCUGCUGUAAAUGCUAUUCGCUUCUCACCUUCUGGGGAAUAUCUUGCCUCUGGUGCUGAUGGAGGUGAGCUGGUCAUAUGGAAAUUACACUUUACCGAUGCAGGUCAAACAUGGAAAGUUCUGAAGACAUUAUCGUUUCAUCGUAAGGAUGUGUUGGACCUGCAGUGGUCUACUGAUGGUGCAUUUCUUGUUUCUGGAUCAGUUGAUAAUUCUUGCAUUAUAUGGGAUGUUAACAAAGGUUCUGUUCUUCAGAUCUUAGAUGCUCAUCUCCAUUAUGUUCAAGGUGUGGCCUGGGACCCAUUGGCCAAGUACGUUGCUUCACUUAGUUCAGAUAGAACUUGCCGGAUUUAUGUAAACAAGCCUCAAAGUAAAGAUAAAGGCAAUGAGAAGAGGAAUUAUGUUUGUCAGCAUGUGAUUGCAAAGUCGGAACAUCAAAUGAUAGAUGAGUCUAAGUCAGUACAAAGCCAUCUCUUUCAUGAUGAGACACUGCCAUCUUUCUUCAGAAGGUUAGCCUGGUCACCUGAUGGAUCAUUUUUACUUGUGCCUGCAGGUUCUUACAGAUUCUCACCUGCAUCUGAACCAGUUAACACCAGUUAUGUUUUCUCUAGAAAAGAUCUUACAAGGCCUGCUGUAGUGCUCCCUGGUGCCAGCAAACCUGUCGUUGCAGUGCGUGUCUGCCCAGUGGCUUUUGCACUAAGGACUUCAAACUCAGAUGCUUUGUUCAAGCUCCCUUAUCGCCUUGUUUUUGCAGUGGCUACUUUAAACUCUUUAUACAUCUACGACACAGAAAGCAUUCAACCAAUAUCAAUCUUGGCUGGACUUCACUAUGCAGCCAUAACUGACAUUGCAUGGUCGGCAACAGGAAAAUAUUUAGCAUUGUCCUCUCAAGAUGGUUACUGUACUCUUGUAGAAUUUGAAAAUGAUGAACUAGGAUCACCCAUCUCUUUAUCAGAAGAAGGAAAGAAAGGCAUGGAUGAUGAGAGUAAGAGCAGCAUUGAGAAACCAGAGGAUAUGGAGGUGGAAGGAACUUUGAACAACAAAAAGGUACCAGCACUACUAGUAGUAGAAAAUGAAGGAAAACAGCAAUCAUCAGUGAUUAUUCCCAUGCAGAACAAUAAUAAUAAUAAUAAUAAUAAUAAGCCUGCUGCUACUGCUGCCAAGAGGCGCAUUACUCCGAUGGCCAUUGAUUGACCAUAUAUAUGCUCUCUCUCUCUCUCUCUCUCUCUCUGUGUAUAUUUUCACUACUUAGAAAACUCUCAAUCAAUCACAAAUCGGUUAUGCCUUUUAGGUGUCCCCAUCUCUUUUGGUCGAUUUUCUUGACUUUCCUUUUAUUUGUAUCGAGUGAAAAUUUUCCACUCAAUAUAUAGUGAGCGAGUAGUAAGCUCAAACUAACCUUCCAGUUAGUCUUUGCUGUCUCUCUGUAAUUUGAAUUUUAUUUUUAGGUGCUUUGUAGAUUAUCAUUACUCUUUAUCUAUAAAUGGAGAAACUAUUUCUUUUUGUGUGUA